AUGCAUGGGUUGCGCUCGGAGAAUAACCGUGCCAGAUCAGUGCUCGCUCUUGGCACAAACCUAAUGGAGCACACGGGUCGGCCAUUUGUCCCCAUCCAAGCCACCAGCGAUUCGGCUGAGUUGGGAUUCGCGUUUCAUGUGUCACCUCUGCGGAGCCCGACCGAGAAACUGACAUUUCUUUCCUCCACAAGGAGCCCUGACUCGCAAACGGAAGAAUUGGACGAGAGAUAUCGUCACACUAUAACCAUCCAUGGGCGGGAAUACCAGAAGUAUUCGAUUGACAACGGAAUAUCCUUUCAACCAGUUGACGACGAUGAGGUGGACCGACUCGACCUUCAACAUAAUGUCUUGAACGAGGUUUUCGACGGCCGACUGAUAUUUCCACCUAUCCCUUAUCCCCGAAGGGUCCUUGACUGUGGUUAUGGGGCUGGGUCCUGGGCUGUCGAGGUGGCAGAACAAUACCCAAGAUGCGAGGUAACCGGUGUUGAUAUAUCUCCUCAUAUGAACCCAGACGAUGUGCCGGAGAACUUGUGGUUCCAGGUCGACGAUUUGAAUCGCUCCUUUACCUUUCCCUCCAACCAUUUCGACAUCGUCCAUUCAAGAAUGAUGGCAACAGGCAUCGACCGAUCUAGAUGGCAUUCAUAUAUUCGAGACAUUAAAAGAGUAUUGAAGCCGGGUGGCUGGGUUCAAUUGGUCGAGAUAUACUUCAACGUUCAGUCGGAUAAUGGCUCGCUCACGGAAAAACAUGCGUUGAGGAAGUGGAGUACGCAGUUCAUGAGAUCCAUUGGGGAUGUCAAGGAUCUUCGUGUAGGCACGCACCUGAGAGACCUCCUGUUAGCAGCUGGGAUGCAGGACGUUGAAUCCCAAAUGAUCCCUCUUCCCCUCUCUGCUUGGUCUAGCGAAGCGAAGAACCGAGAUAUAGGUGCAGCCAACCGCGAAAGCGCCAGACAACUGCUUCCUGCACUAGCACUUUACCCACUGACUCAACGCUUGCACAUGCCGCAUGACCAGUUUCAGCAGUUGAUUGGCCAAGCCCAGAAAGAGGCAAGCAAUCCAAGUUUGAAGACAUAUUUCCCCUUGUACGUUUGUAUCGGACGUAAGCCAUUAUAG